AUGACUUUCAAAGGACUCUACAAGGUCUAUCUCGUACUUGCCAGCUUCUCUAGCGUACAUGCCGCAACCGUCAACACCCCCAAAGUCAUCGAACGAGACGUCAUUAUUAUUGGCGGCGGAGCAGCCGGCUCCCAUGCCGCUUUCCGACUCCAACAGGACUACAAUAAGAGCAUCGUCUUGAUCGAAAAGGAGUCCAUCCUCGGCGGCCACGUAGACACCUACCUCGACACCUCCACCACCCCACCCACCCCCCGCGAAUACGGCGUCCAAGUCUACUUUCCCUACCUCGACGGCCUCGAUUUCAUUUCCCGCUUCAACCUGACUCUCCUCCCCGGCCUCGGUCCCCGCGGCUCCACCACCACCCGCAACAUCGACUUCUCCACCGGCCUCGAGCUUCCAUCCACCUACACCGGCCCCGACCCCUCCAGCAUCACUUCAGCCAUCAUCCGCUUCCACAACCUCAUGGUCUCCCAAGGCUGGGACAAGAUGAUCGAACCGGGGUUCUGGAACUUGCCUCCUGGUCCUCAAAUUCCCGAGGACUUACUCCUUCCCAUCGGCGAAUUUGCCAAGAAAUGGAACAUCACCGAAGCAUUACCGAGGAUGUAUGAAUCCACAGGCGGCGGUCCGGCGUCUCGCCAUCGUACCUUUACUGAUAUUUUGACUCUCACCUUUUUGCAAAGUUUCAGUCCAGCGUGGAUGAAAGUCCUCUAUGGCCAAGUGGGCAUGUACCAUAUCCAGGGAGGGAACCAGCUUCUUUAUGAGGCUAUCCACGCCCGUCUGGGAGCCGAAAAUGUCCUCCUCAACUCACUCGUAUCGAGCGUCCGCCGCCCUGCAGAGAACGCGGAUGACAAGAGAGGAGACAUAGAAGUCGCCAUCUCGACAUCUACCACCUCGAGGUCCCUUCAUGUUUCCAGGAAUGAACCAACAACAACUACCACCUCUACCACUACAAUGAUCCGCGCAAGGAAACUCCUCCUCGCCAUCCCCCCCACCCAAGAAAACCUCGCCCCCUUCGAUCUUGAUUCUCUCGAAUCCAAUCUCUUUAGCCGCGCUAAAUACGGCCGCUACGGCACGGCUAUCGUCUCUUCGCCAGUGUUACCUAGGGGCUACGAACUGCAUAAUACCCCUAUCCUAGCAGCCAUCGAUCCUAACAAGCCGUUCAUCAAUGAGCCGCAUGUCCUAGAGUUUGCUAGCUAUGGUAAUGACAGCAAGCUGUUUAGCAUUGGGACUAGUGGGAGCGGGUUGGGCUAUGGGGAAUUUGAUGAGCGGGAAGCGACCAAAGUGGCGCAGGAGAGUUUGGAGCGCAUGGUUGAUGCUGGGACAGUCAAGGUACCUGAUGGAAAGGAACCUGGAGGAGAUCAAAAGUUGAAGGUGGUGGAGUAUUCGGAUCAUGGACCGGGUGGGUUUGGGGUUAGUGCCGAGGAGAUGAAGGGAGGGUGGAUGGAAGAGAUGUAUGGGUUGCAGGGGAAGAGAGGGACGUGGUAUACGGGGAAUGCGAUUGCGAUCGACUUUUCGACGCAGUUGUGGAAGAUGAAUGAUGAGGUUUUGAGGAGGAUGUUGGAGAGUUGGUGA